UACUAGGGUCGUAAUUAUAUUGAUUCCCAUGGAGACCCGGAUCAAACAUGCUAACGCAUACACAGUAAAACGUUCUAAACAUUUGAUCACCAGUGACAACCAAAAGUACCUUAAUGACCUGAUGGAUAGCACAGUUAUAUCGCCGUAUCAACCGAAGCUUCCAAUAGCAAAGUUAAAUACUACUGUGUACAUAGUAGUACAUACAUGUUGUAGUGAUCUGAUUGACUGUGAGAGCACAGACCAAUUGGGGUACCUAGGCAAACGCUUAAGCCACUAAACCAGAACGACAGCGAACUUAGUUUUAACUUCAUUUUAUUUUCUUCUUCAUUUACUUUCGUUUUCUCUUUCUUUUUCUUUUCUUUGGAGGCUCACCAAAUAAAUACGAGCCUAAAAAAAAAUAACACGCAAUCAUGUCGCUAGCACCGGCUAUCUCGAAGGAUGGGUUCUCCUAUGCCGGAGACUUAUUCGCCGAGGCUAGCGGUCUCAAUCGCCAUCGCCGUGCGACAGUAACGGAGCUUAAGGACCAUUUCAAAUCUGGCUCCGACAAGGACCAUCCAGCUCAUUGGUUCGAGGCUCAAUGUAUCCACUACGGCUUACAGUCCUCAAAAACUAAGGCCGUAGCUCGUAUGCGCCUAUUUGAUGCUGUCAACGGAGGUAAACUCGCCGUUCCCUCUCACAUCAAGAAGCUGGAAUCCGAGCUCAAGAAGGAAUGGACGAAGAACGAGCGUGAGGCCAAGAAGGCUCUUAAAGACACAUCCACGCCUACAACCAAGUCUACCAAGCGCAAGGCCGGCGCCGAUACCGUUGAUCUGACCCUGAACGUCGGUGGUAUCAACAUAACAGUUUCGGCCAACAGUUCGGCCAAAAAGACCAAGACGACUACUGCUAAAGCAGCCCCGGCAUCUUCCAAGAAGAAAGCAACCUCAGCAGCGCCUUCAUCUUCCGCCUCUGCUCCUUCCACUCCCACUGCCAGAGGCCGUGCACCCCGCGGUCGUGGAGCGCUUCAUCAAGGCCCCGGUCGCAACAGUGUUCCUGCCCCCUCACCCAGCCCGGUUGCACCGCGGCCUAUCCAAACCGCCCACUCCAGCCAAGGCCGUGCGCGGGAUGUGGAAUAUAACGGGAAUACGGAUAUUAACAAUCCCAAACGUUCCGGUAAAUACGGUUCUUCCGUUGUCAAGGAUGAGGAUGAGGAUGAGGACCAGGACAGAGACGAACUAAAGCCAUUGGGUCUCCUAAAUGGACGCUACGUCGUUGUCAGCUCUAACGAGUCGAUACUGCUAAAGGAAGGCCUUGAUGAGAGUUUCAUAGUCCUAACGCUGAGUGGAAGCCAACUCUGGGGCUCCUUCAACUUCCCCAUUAUGCACGGCAUUAUCAGGCUCCAAACCCGGCCCUACCAAUCCUCCCGCGAUGCCCUCAAGUUUAACUGGCGCGGCAGAGAGGAAGCACCGGGAAAGAUCACGUUUGGGAAUGGCCACGGCGGAUGGAUCAAGUUCCUAGGAGACGGCAUGAUCGAGGUCUACAUAGACGACUACGGUAUCUUAUUCACCGCUAAGCGGGUUGCUGAUCAGGGCACGAGGAGCGAGAUCGACGCCGCCACGAUGAAGGCUGAGUAUAACAGCUACACGUACGAGUUAUUUGACGCGGAGAAUAGCUACAAGUUCCCGAAGGCCGUAUAUGGAGGGUACCGGGGUUAGAACAGAGGCCGACUUGUGACUCUAAAUUCCAAGGGGACCGUUGAAUACCUGAUAAAUAUUUUUUACGGAACUACUGGCGAUUAGGAUUGCUGCCGCGGACUUCUUGCCCUGCUGUGUACAUACUGUGUAAUACCUAAGACUAGCACCUAUAAUUACAACGGUGAAAUUAAAUACUCUACUACUGCAAAUCACGGGGAACUAGAAGGUAUUAUAAGAGUU